AUGACAGAGUUUGUGAGACAUAAUAUUUCAGCGGGGACGCCAGGAGAACGAAGUCCACGCGGCUUCACACCAGUUGCCGCUAUUCGAAACAAAAUCGACCAAGUGCGCUUCUGUCGAGCGCGGAUCCCCGAAAUCUCUGUCCGUCGUCAAGAUGAGAUAGUCACAUCUGCUCUUGUCUACCCUACCCUGCGUCCGUUCCAUCCGUGGUGUUUUUCGACAGAAGCCCACGAACUCGAAACGUAUGCGGAACAGAGAAGGCCCGAAAGUUCUCGUUCAACGCGAGUGACGCGCGACCGCAGGACGUCGGGAAUUUCUCCCUUAAGCAAAGAGGCUGCUCUGCCGGAAAACCAGUGCUCGGAGGCACGAUCGGAGAAAGACUGUUUGCCUCGAGGGGUUGCAAAGCUUCUCGGCGAGGCGAUCGUGGAGGCAACCGCCAGGGUGCAUGCAACUCGCCUGCGGUACAGUCCUCGGCCAAUGAGAUCACGUGAAAUAAAAGAUGGAGGAGAAGACGGAGGAGAGAAUGGGAAGCAAAGUGGAAGGGCAGAUGGAAGCGAAGAUCCUCGCGCUGCAGAACAUGGAACUGCUGUGUCUGGCAGGGAGAUGAAGGGGGUCGAAGACUUCUCUGCUACGUUGGUGAAUCAGAAAGCCAAUCGCCGCGCUAAGGAGACCUGUGCACAUAGCGGCAAGGGCGAUACGGGGGAGGCUUCGAGGAGUCGCUGCACGUCUGGACUUGGCGGUGAUGAGUCGCCACACAAACCCGUCCUGCUUCUUCUGGGAGGACCGUCAGGAACCGGAAAGAGCACGCUCGCGCCACUUGUGACUCGUCUUUUGAUGGAGAACGUUCGGUCGCGGAACGCUAGCCUUUUGAGUGAAGAGCGGUGUAGUGAACAGUGUCCCUCGAACGACGUCGGUUUGGAGGACGGCUGUGUGGUCGUGUCUUCUGACCACACGAGGAAGGUUGCUCGAGUGCUCAGCCAGUCGCGGAACCCGCUUUUGUUCCACAGCACCUUCGAGCUGCAAUCCGUGGUCCAGGAGCAACUGGAGAGUCUGAAGGGAAGGUCGAAGUGUGCGAGGGAAGGAGGCGGCAGACGGGGCGCUGCACAACGUUUGGACGACUGUGAGACGGAGCCGGAGACCGCGGACUGUCCAGACACAGCGGGAAAGUGGAACGAAGAUCCGGAGGACAGAGCCGGGAAGGUCGAGAAGACGCGGAGAGAGAUCGAGGAGAAUCUACAGCCGUUUUCUGCUUGGUUUCCAGAAAAAUGUCCGUCGUGUCAAGAGUCGUAUCCCUGCUCUGCAGUUCUGGGGCUGCUCCAGCAGUCUAUACUUCUGCAACAUCAAGUCCUCGGCCCCACCAUACACGGACUCAUGGGUGAGAGGACGGAAGGGCGCGAGGGGUCUGCGUCCAUCGACGAAGGAAACCGCAGCAAACACGGAGGGGACGAUUCAGGAACAAAUGCUGACGCGUGCGCUUCUCCACUGAAACUCAUCGUUGUUGAGGGCGUCCACCUGACUCCAGGGUUCGUGAGGAGUCUGCAAAACCGGUACGGGAGACAGUGCCUCUCAUUUUCGAUGUACGUACACUCGAAGGAUGAGCAUUCGGCUCGCCUGCAGCACAGAAGAGACGAUUCGCAUCAGCCACUUGGUCGUAUGAUGGGCAACGAAAUGUUGAAUCUCACGCCAACUUCGCAGGUCUUUUCUCGCGAGGACUCCCGGGCCUCUGGCGACGUGGUCGCGGAGACAAAACGAGGAAACCGUUUACCCGUCGGAAAAGAACUCGGACAAGCAAAUCCAGAGAAAGCAGAGGCACGGUCCUCCGACUGUAGCGAGGAAGGGAAAACGGAUCGCAUGGUGGAGAUGAGACAGCAUAUAGUCGCCCCGGGUUUUCACGGAGACGGUUCUGCUGAUUCGGGGGAAGGUUCAGCUGAGAAAGAAAACAAAUACGUUAGGAAUCUGUGCAACAUUCGGUGCCUGCAGAUCUACCUGUGUCUCGCAGCACACAGUGCAGCAGCUGGAGCCCCUCCAGAGGCAUGCAAACAAAAGGCGAUUGAAGCCGUUUGUAAGCGCUUCGCUUCGGAAGCAGACGACGUGGGAAGUCUGGACACAGGACACACAGGAGCUGCUGAAGAGAGUGACGAUUUCGUUGAUUUAGCCCGGCCUGGAAGUUCGGGCCAAGGAGGCACCUACAUUGUCCUCAAUAGGGACCUCUACGGGAGUCUCGAGUUCAUGCGCAGUGCCUUCGUAUCUCUCGGCAUUCGCGUCUAA